GGUGAUAAUGGUGGCGGUGAUGUCAGCGACGGCGUUAGUCAUCAUCAGCAACAUCUCCAUCAUCAUCAUCAUCAUCAACAUCAGCAUCAGCAUCUUCAGCACGGUCAUCAUCGCCGCCGUCAUCGUCGUUAUCGCAAUGACGACGACGACGAGGAAGACAGAGACAGUCGGGGCGAACGUGACGACGGUGGUGGUGGAGGCGGUGACGGCGGAGGAGGAGGCGGCGGCGGUGGUGGUGGUGGCGUCGGCGAUGGCACUGAUCGUCAGCGUCGUCGCCGUCAUCAUCAUCAUCAUCAUCACCAUCAUCCUCCUCCUUCUCAUCGUAGUGAGGGCGUUCAUCCUGAUUCUGUACCCAGUAUAAACGAUAAUGGCGCACACGAUGAUGCUGAUAACGAUGAUGAUGAUGAUGUUAAUAAUAUCGGUGGUGUUAGUGAUAGUAAUAUUGAUAAUGAUGAUAUUGGUGGCGUUGCUGGUGUUGAUAAUGUUGUUGAUGAUGAUGAUGAUGAUGAUGAUGAUGAUGAUAACGGUGGUGUUAACGACAUCAAUAUCGAUGUUGAUGGUGAUGAUAAUGGUGAUAAUGUUGGUGAUGGUGAUCGUGAUGAUAAUGGCUGUUCUUCAGGUGCUGGCGGCGAUGUUGUUGACCGUGGUAGUCGUGUUGUUGCUAAUGGUCGCGUUGAUGAUGAUAAUGACGAUGAUGAUGAUGAUGAUGAUGUUGAUGUCGAGGUUGAUAUUAACGUUGAUGAUGAUGAUGAUAAUAAUAAUAAUAAUAGUAAUAAUAGUAAUAAUUAUAUGGACGUGUACAAAAACGCUAACUGUAUAGAUAAUGACGAUUGUGAUGAUGAUGAUGACGAUGAUAAUGUUGACAAUGAUGAUAAUGUGAUGAUGACGAUGUUGGUGAUGAUGAUGUCGGCAGUAACGUUGGCGUUCGUGGUAUCUGUGAUAAUGGCGGUGUUGAUAAUGAUGACGACGAUGAUGAUGAUAAUAUGGAUGCUGUAACUAAUGAUGAUGAUGAUAAUAAUGGUGAUGGUGAUGAUGAUGUUGAUGAUGAUGACAUGCAUGUUGAUGUGGAGAGUCUGGAGUUCGAAACAGACGUCUCUUGCUUCGAUAGGAAUCGGCGUAUCGGUUGUUCUAUCGAUAGUGAAAAUAGC